AUGGUGCGGUGUUCGUGGUUCCACAAGCGCACGAGCAUUCGACCUUCUACCCUCUUCACCAACCCACCAAACAGGCACUGGUGUUGUCUCUCACACCCUCCUUCGUGCUGCAGGGUGGUAAGCUCCGGCAGGUCGAGCACGACCAGUCGGGAUUCUCCGGCGGCCAUACGUUGGCCUUCCUAUUUAUCGACGCUUGCUUCCCGACUUCCAGUUCGGCGCAGAUGCCUUAGUAACUCGAGGGACCGACCACAGUUGGGACAGCUCGGCAGCCUCGUACGAUCGGCAGCGGAAAGGGCGGCGGUCGAGGCCGCCUGGGCGGCUAAAGCUUCAGCAGCAGCCUUGGGAUCAAACAUUGACCCGCCGAUUGUGACAGACAGGGUUCAGUUGCACGCAGGCUCGAUGUCAUCUGCUGGUUCGGAAGGCGAGAGUGGUGAUUUUUCUGUUGCAGCCAAGGCCACUCCCGGGGUAGAUGGCAGGCUGGUGAAGGAAGAGGAGGAGGAGGAGCAGGAACAGGAGGAAGGGCACGAAGAGAGGGCAACGCCAGGCGAGCGCAAGUUCGGGGAUAUGGCCAAGGCCCUCCAGCGGCACAGCGUCUGGACAGCCGCCAGUGGGCAUCCCUACCACGCUGAAAGGUGAUGGGCAGUGCGAAAUACGGGUGUUGCAAGUACAGCUACCGCGCACUACGCUGGGAUUUCAGCGUUUUGUUGUUCCAAAUUGCUUCUAAACCAGUAUCACGUUGUCUCCCAAGAUCUCCCACUCAAGAUCUACGGCCCUGCUAGUUGGCAAGCCUUUCCGCAGUGUAGAUUUCAUUUUCGUUUUUGAACAGUCU